AUUCGAUGUUAAUUUUCAGUAUUGUAAAUUGUUUCUCAAUCAUUUUAAUCUAUAAAUGUUAUUUGUACAACGAAAAUGAAGCAAGUAAUCGAUUUUACGGAAUCUUUGAAGGAUUCACCUUCAUUCAGAAAUUCUCUGGAGGAGGUUCACUCCGAUCUAGAAGUUUUAGAAACUAAAUUAACUCAGAUUGUUAAAAGCGUCGAUGAUAUGUUUAACAAGGGACAAACUUAUUUAUCAGCAAAUGUAAAGCUCAUUUUGGGCCUAGAAGAUUUAUCAAAUUAUUUUCGAAAUGAUUUUGAGAUUAAGAAUGUUCUUGGUAAAACUGUGGAAUGUUUAAGGGAUGUAAUGCAAUUCCAUAAUACGCUACUAGAUCAGGCUCGACGUUCUAUUAGGGAAAAUCUUAACACCUUUAUACAUAAAGAUAUUAAACAAUUGAAAGAGAGAAGAAGAGAAUUUCAGAAAGUUAGCACAGAUUUCGACUCGGCACUCUAUCGAACUUCGAUUGCUCCAAAGUAUAAGAUUUCCGACUGUAAGGAAGCCGAUGAAUGUUUGGCUCAUGUUAAGACUACUUUUAGUCAUGUGGCGUUUGAUUACGUUUGCCAAACUAAUGAUAUAAUGUGCAAGAGAAGAUUUGAAAUUCUGGACACGAUGAGAUCCUUCUUAAACGCUCAGAAUACAUACUUUCACCAAGGAUACGAAUAUUUUACGAAGGAGUGUGAUUGUUUUAUGAAAACUUUAACGGAAAAGAUAAAUAUCAUUAAUGCAAACAUGAAAAAGGAGGAGGAAAAGACUAAAUCUAUGCAAAAGGAUUUGAUAACAGAGGAUCGGAUACUUUCUCAAUUUCCGGUACAACUAAGAAAAUCUGAAAAUGAUAGCAUUCUCCAAGAAGAACAGAUUGAAGGUUACUUGUGGCGGAGGACCACAACAAAAAUCAAACCUUGGGUUCGGAGAUGGUUUGUUGCUUCAGAAAAUUCUGUUAAAUACUGUAAAAGAGAAAAUCUGGACGAUUGGACAACUCUCGAACCAGACUUAAGAGUAUGUAAAGUUCGAUUAAUCUCGGACAACGAAAAGAGAUUUUGCUUUGAACUAAUGUCUCCAAGAAAAGUGCAUCUACUCCAAGCCGAUUCAGAGCUUGAUUGUACUAGAUGGAUAUGCGUAUUACAAAAAUUCAUAUCUCAAGCGUUAACAUGCCAAAUUAAUAGAGAGAGUCAAUUAACUUCACAAAAUUCACCCAAAUCUUCACCUCAAAGAAACUUAGAAGAAUUUCUUUCAACAACUAACACUGGAAAGCAUGAAAGUAACUCUAAAGUACUGCAACUUUUACCGGGCAACGAUAAAUGCUGCGAUUGCGGAGCUCAUCAACCUCAAUGGGCUUCCAUUAAUCUAGGUAUUACUCUCUGCAUUAAAUGCUCUGGGGUUCAUCGAAGUCUCGGAGUUUAUACGUCAAAGAUACGAGCAGUUCAUUUAGAUGUUUGGGAUAAAACUUUGCUUAGAGUCAUGGCUAAACUUGGUAAUAGUAUAGUUAAUCAAAUUUACGAAGCGGAAGUUGAUGAAAAUGUAAUUAAGGCAGUUCCAGAGUCUAAUUCGAUUGAAAGAGAAACAUGGAUAAAAUCAAAAUAUGUCUCAAAAAGUUACGUAAAGAAGCUACAGAAUUCCGACGAAGUUCUUCGAUCUGGUAAACGACGCUGGAUAGUUAAAAAACGUAAAGCCUCUCGUUUAGAUGACAUUUCUACAUCUUCUGAGAGCAGUUUGUUAGUAAUUGGUGCUGAUUUAGCUCCAACACCACCUGACAAUGAUGCAUUUGGCGAUGACAACUCUAGUGAAACUGAAUUGGACGAUCAAUCUGUAGAGAUAGAAGAUAUUGAUGCAUUUAAUCCGAAUGUAUUGCUAUAUAGAGCAGCCGAAGCAAGACAACCAAAAGUCAUUUUAGAGGCUUUAGCCAUGGGAGCUGAAAUUAAUUUUAAGUACGAAGAGAGAGAAGGAAAAACCUCUUUAAUGGCUGCUGUUGAAGUGGGGUCGCAAGUGGCAACAGAACUCUUACUAUUAAAUAACGCAAAUAUUGAUCUCAAAGAUUCUAGAGGUCGAACGGCUUUACACCAUGCUGUUUUGAACAAUAGAAAAGGAAAUGCUAGUCAGUUAAUUAAAAGGAAAGCAAAUUUUCGCUCAGUUGAUGAGGACGGCAAAGACCCAUUGCAAAUUGCCCUUCAGAACGAAAGCGCCGAUAUUGUAGCAUUGUUACGAAUGGCACAAAUGAGAGAAGAAAUGUCAGACGAUGACGACAGUAGCAUGCUUACUCAAGCAAUAAAUGAGUUUACUGAAAACGAUGCUGAUGCUCCCUAG